AUGUCAUCUCUGAGUAGGGAAUUGGUGUUCUUGAUCUUGCAGUUUCUUGAUGAGGAAAAGUUCAAAGAAACUGUUCACAAGCUUGAGCAGGAGUCUGGAUUUUUCUUUAACAUGAAGUAUUUUGAGGAUGAAGUUCAUGGUGGGAAUUGGGAUGAAGUUGAAAAGUACUUAUCUGGUUUUACAAAAGUGGAUGAUAAUAGGUAUUCUAUGAAGAUAUUUUUUGAGAUAAGGAAGCAGAAGUAUCUCGAGGCUUUAGAUAAGCAUGAUCGGUCGAAAGCUGUAGAGAUAUUAGUGAAGGAUUUGAAAGUGUUUGCUACAUUUAACGAAGAGUUGUUCAAGGAAAUCACGCAGCUUUUGACAUUGGAGAAUUUUAGGGAAAACGAACAGUUGUCGAAGUAUGGUGAUACUAAGUCUGCGCGAGCAAUCAUGUUGGUUGAGCUUAAAAAGCUCAUUGAAGCUAAUCCGUUAUUUCGCGACAAAUUGCAAUUUCCUAAUCUGAAGAACUCGAGGUUAAGGACACUCAUCAAUCAAAGCUUGAAUUGGCAACAUCAACUUUGUAAGAAUCCACGUCCGAAUCCUGAUAUAAAAACUCUUUUUGUGGAUCACUCAUGCGGACAACCGAAUGGUGCACGAGCUCCUUCUCCUGCUAACAGUCCGCUAUUAGGAUCUUUACCAAAAGCUGGUGGAUUUCCUCCUCUUGGUGCUCAUGGGCCUUUUCAACCUACUCCGGCAUCAGUGCCAACACAGCUUGCGGGUUGGAUGUCAAAUCCUACCACUGUAGCACAUGCUGCAGUUUCUGGUGGAGGUGGUAUCGGUGGAGGAGGUAUAGGUCUUGGAGCUCCAUCAAUGCCUGGUGCUUUGAAGCAUCCAAGGACGCCUCCUACUAAUCCUUCUGUCGACUAUCCAUCCGGUGGAGACUCAGACCAUGUUACAAAGAGAACAAGGCCAAUGGGAAUAACCGAUGAGGGAAAUCUACCUGUCAAUGUGUUGUCGGCGUCAUUCCCUGGUCAUGGUCAUAGUCAGGCUUUUAAUGCACCUGAUGACUUGCCGUUGCCGAAGACUGUCAUGCGAAAUCUGAUUCAGGGCUCAUCUCCUAUGAGCAUGGACUUUCAUCCAGUUCAACAAUCUUUACUUCUAGUUGGUACAAAUGUGGGGGACAUUGCCUUAUGGGAGGUGGGUUCUAGGGAGCGGUUGGUCUCGAGGAACUUCAAAGUUUGGGAUCUUAGUGCAUGUUCAAUGGCAUUUCAGGCUGCUCUUGUCAAAGAUCCAAGUGUUUCUGUUAACCGUGUGAUUUGGAGUCCGGAUGGUGCUUUAUUUGGAGUUGCAUACUCAAGACACAUUGUUCAGAUAUACUCUUACCACAGCGGUGAUGAAAUUCGGCAGCACUUAGAGAUUGAUGCUCAUGCCGGAGGAGUAAAUGAUCUAGCAUUUUCCCACCCAAAUAAGCAACUGUGUGUGAUAACUUGCGGUGAUGAUAAGACCAUUAAGGUGUGGGAUGCUGCUUCGGGAACAAAGCAAUAUACGUUUGAAGGUCACGAUGCUCCGGUCUAUUCUGUCUGUCCGCAUUAUAAAGAAAACAUUCAGUUCAUCUUUUCAACAGCGCUAGAUGGAAAAAUAAAAGCAUGGCUGUACGACAAUUUGGGAUCUCGUGUUGAUUAUGAUGCUCCUGGCCGAUGGUGCACAACCAUGGCUUAUAGUGCUGACGGUACAAGGCUCUUUUCAUGUGGAACAAGUAAAGAUGGAGAUUCCUCUAUUGUGGAGUGGAAUGAAAGUGAAGGAGCCGUGAAAAGAACUUACCAAGGAUUUCGCAAGCGAUCUUUGGGUGUUGUGCAAUUCGAUACGACCAAAAAUCGAUUUUUGGCUGCCGGAGAUGAUUUCUCCAUUAAAUUCUGGGAUAUGGACAAUGUUCAGCUUUUGACAACUGUUGAAGCUGAUGGGGGUCUUCCUGCAAGUCCACGUAUUCGUUUCAACAAGGAUGGAACUCUUUUAGCCGUCUCAACAAACGACAAUGGAAUCAAAAUUAUAGCCAAUGCAGACGGCAUUCGUUUGCUGCGCACAUUAGAGAAUUCUAUGUAUGAUGCUUCGAGAGCAUCAGAAUCCUUGGUAAAGCCAACAAUAAAUUCAAUGUCUUCUGCUGCCGCUGCAACUAGUGCUGCAUUAGCUGAGAGAGCCUCAUCUGUAGCAGCUAUUGCUGGAAUGAAUGGAGAUACUCGAAACAUGGGCGAUGUUAAACCUAGAAUAAGUGAAGAAUCCAAUGACAAAUCAAAGAUAUGGAAGCUCACUGAAAUCAAUGAACCAUCUCAUUGUAGAUCCUUGAAGCUACCAGAGAAUGUUAGAGUAAACAAGAUAUCGAGGUUGAUAUAUACAAAUUCAGGUAAUGCUAUUCUAGCAUUAGCAUCAAAUGCCAUUCAUCUUCUCUGGAAAUGGCCGCGAAAUGAACGUAACUCAUCUGGCAAGGCCAAUGCAUCUGUGCAACCUCAGCUGUGGCAACCAUCGAGCGGCAUCCUGAUGACUAAUGACACCGCCGAUAGCAAUCCUGAAGAUUCUGUUCCUUGCUUUGCUCUGUCCAAAAAUGAUUCGUAUGUAAUGUCUGCAUCCGGAGGGAAGAUAUCCUUGUUUAACAUGAUGACUUUUAAGACAAUGACAACUUUCAUGGCCUCACCACCGGCAGCUACAUUUCUUGCUUUCCAUCCUCAAGAUAACAAUAUCAUUGCUAUAGGCAUGGAUGACUCUUCCAUUCAAAUAUAUAAUGUUCGCGUUGAUGAGGUUAAAAGUAAACUCAAAGGUCAUACAAAAAGAAUUACUGGUCUUGCUUUCUCUCAUGUAUUGAAUGUUCUUGUUUCAUCUGGAGCAGAUGCUCAGAUUUGCGUGUGGAACACCGACGGAUGGGAAAAACAGAAGACUAGAUUCUUGCAGCUGCCUCCCGGGAGGACUCCAUCAGCACAGUCAGAUACGCGUGUACAGUUUCAUCAGGAUCAGAUACAAUUCUUGGUUGUACACGAAACUCAGCUUGCCAUUUUCGAAGCAACGAAACUAGAAUGUCUAAAGCAGUGGGCCCCACGGGAAUCUUCUGCACCAAUAUCGCAUGCAACAUUUUCGUGCGACAGCCAGCUGAUAUAUGCAAGCUUUUUAGACGCGACCGUCUGUGUAUUUAAUGCUUCAAAUCUCAGAUUACGGUGUCGUAUCAAUCCUUCUGCUUAUCUUCCUGCAAGUGUCAGCAAUUCAAAUGUACAACCACUAGUAAUCGCGGCACAUCCACAAGAACCAAACCAGUUUGCUGUAGGACUAUCAGACGGCGGAGUUCAUGUGUUCGAGCCACUAGAAUCUGAAGCCAAAUGGGGGGUGCCGCCUCCUCCAAUCGAAAACGGAUCAGCAAGCAAUAACGUAGCGGUAGCUACUUCAGUUGGACUUUCUUCCGAUCAAGCACAAAGAUAA